AUGUCGAGUAUAGCUGCAGCUAUGGGGCAGUUGCCGCGCUUCGAUGGACGUUCACCGGACCCUAAGGUGUGGAUUAGUCAGGCCACGCGUGCAUUACGGUGCUUCCUAGCCUCAAUACCCGAGGAGCAGCAGUUAGAUUACCUACUGAUGCACCUGACGGACUCCGCUUACGUGUGGGCGGAGAGCAAGGAUUUUCAGUCUGUGGCGGGCUUUGAUAAGGCUUUUAAGGAGCGCUUUAUUUGGGAAUCAGCCGCUAAUGUCAUGCAAAGGCUGACGGCCUUGAAGCAGAAACCGGGGCAGACGCUGACGGAGUUGGCGGACGAAGUGAGGCAGCUGGCGGCCUACGUUCCCAACUACCCCACAGCUAUGGCGGUGAGACACUUUAUUGAGGGGCUGGGGGACAAAGGCCUGAGGGAGAGAGUGCUGGGGGGAAGGCCAAUCUCCCUGGAGGCGGCUGAGGAAGCUGCUAAAUACUUUGUGUCCUAUUCGUUACCAAUGGGGAUAGAACCGGUGGUGGAAGCUGCUAAGGAGAAGGACCCAGUGAAUAAGGAGUCCGAGGUGGAUAAGAUCACCAAGCAGCUGGAGAAGCUGAGUAUCCAGUUGGCCCAGAUGCAGCAGGGAAGGGGAGGCGGCUUACUCCCUAGGCCGGCAGGAGGCGGAUUUAAAUGUUACCAGUGCGGGGAGGGACAUAUGGCUCGGGACUGCACCCAAAAGGGGCGGGCGGCGCUGAACGUCAUGCAGCAGGUCCUAGAGGGAAAAGCCCCGACUAUAGCAGAAUUUCUUAACAGGGAAGAGGGAAAGCUGGAUAUGCUGGUCGGACCUCGGAAAAGGCAGGCGGUCCGGGACCCGGAAGGAUGGGGAAUAGACGAGGCGAGGGAGGAGUUGAGGAAGAAGCUGGCAGAGACGGGUGGGGCGGAGGAAGCAGCUAAGGGAUCCCGGUUCGUACGGAGGCCACGGGUAUCCGCCCUACCCAACUCAUAUAAUGUGGUGGACCAGCUGAAACUCACCCCCGUGAGCGCCAGCGUCUGGAAUUACAUAAGCGACAGUGACAAGGUGAGAAAAGAGUUGUUGGAUGCUCUGAAGCUGGCUGAGGAUAAGGGGAAGGAGGACGGGGCAGCCGUCAUGCAAGGGGUUUCGAUAGUGGCAGCUGCUCCACGGGAGUCUAGGCAUGAGGACCCAAUCCCCAGCAACCUAGUCUUCCAAGUCCCCCAGUGCGAUGUCCACCUAGGCAAGCAUCGUCUGACCGCUAUAGUUGAUUCCGGUGCGUCCCAAACGGCCCUUUCGCACGUCAUCGCUAGGAAGUUAGGGCUGCUACCCUACCUCCAGGACACCACAAUAGAGUAUACCACCUCUAGUGGGGAGACGUUGAAGCCGUGGGGAAUUUUGCCUGACGUGCCGGUGCGGGUGGGGAAGCUGACCCUCCCAAUCGACAUAGCGGUGACCGGGGCGAACACCUAUGACAUGCUGCUAGGACAGGACUGGAUCUAUUCGGCUAAUGUAGAUAUCCUGACCAGUAAAGGGCAGAUAGUGUACCGGGUCAAUACCAAAGAGACAGAUUCGGUACCUAUCACUACUGGACCCGUGGGCACGGGUAGCCGUCCCUCCUAUGUGUCCCUCCCGCCCCAAACACCCCGCAGGAAUGAUCCCACACCUCCUCAGCAUUGGUCCGGGAUGAAUGAGGAGGAGUUCCAGCGGUGGCUAGAGGAGAAGCAGCUCCUCCUGGCCAAGGAGCAGGGGCGCAUCCGGCUGACGGAGGAGGAGGAGGCGGACUAUUGGGCAUGGGUCCAGGAGGAAGAGGAGUUGGAUCGGGCGGAGCUGGACGCCCUAGAACUCAAGGAGCAUGGGUUCUAUGAGGAGCUCGGGACAGGCGGGCUCGAUGGCAUACCCGAGGGAGGUGAGCCAGAAGGAGAAGUCGGGACGGAUGACGAGAUGCCUAGUCUCUUUGGGUCAGAUGGGAAACGUUACUCUGACCUUGGGGCAUCGGAUGAUGAGGCUGGGGAACCACACUGGGACAUGGGGUAUGAGGAGGCACGGAAGGCUGUGGAGGAAAAGGGGGAAAUCGCGGACCUAUGGGAAGGGGAUUCGAUGACGGACGGGGAAGAGUACUUGGUGGAGGACAAAGAGGAAGGGGAGCUGGCUUAUGAGGGGAAGGGGCACCGGAUCAGUCCGAACUACCUAUUCGAGCUAUUCAAUUACCCGGCAGCUGAGCGGUGGCAAUACUUAGCAGCUGAAAAAGGGGAUGAAGGACGGAUAGUUCUCGGUAGUUAUUACAGCCUCAAAAAGGAGGCCCCUCGAGUUGCCUGCCCUGCCUUUGAGGAUCUGCCGGUAUCACUUAACCAUGAAUUAGGGACGGCCCAACAGACGGACCUGAGGAAGCUGCUGGUAGGGUACCGGGAGGUCUUUGCCACAGAAGCCGAACCGUUGGGCACCCACCCCACCGUCUUUCAUCACAUUGCCACUGGGGAUGGGGUGAAGCCGGAUGCGGGAAAGGUGGAGGCGAUUAGUAUGAUGGCGGCACCGGUGGAUGUGAGAGGAGUCCGGGAGUUCCUGGGGUGCACCAGUUACUACCGGCGAUUCAUAAAGGGGUAUGCGAAGGUGGCGCAUUCCCUCACGCAGCUGCUGCACAAGGACAACCCAUUUGAGUGGACGGACAAAUCUGGGGAAGAAAGCAGCAGCUCGGUUGAUGGGGAAGGGGACGGAGGGGAUAGUGGUGAGGAGGAAGGAGACGAGGUGGCCGGCCGUGAACCAGAGGAACUGAGUAGCAAUACGGAAAAACGGGAUGGGGAAGAAGAAGGAGAGGUCGGACAAGCCGGAUCCGAAGAGUCCGAUGAUGGAGAUGGGGAUGAAGGGUCAGGAGAAGAGGACGAUGAAACGGAUGGAUCCGGAGGGGAGGAUGAUGAGGACGGAGAGGAGGAAGAGGAGGAGAAGGCGGCCGAGGGAGACCAGGAGAUGGUGGCUCCAGGGGUAGGAGGGCAGGAAAACGACCAUGAAGGGUCGGAAGAGAGGGGGUCGUCACCGCCAAUGACACAACCUCUCAAAAAGGUCAGACGGGAUAAGGGAAAAUCAAAGGAGGAAGCCGGGACCUCAAAGGGGGAUGAAAAAGAGGCAGGGGGAGGUGGACCCCCACACGGAACCCAGGGGGAAGAGCAGCCGGGUAAAAGUCUCGCAUCCGAGACAACCACGCUAGACAUUUGGGACGACCUCAACACCUUGUUCUAUCUGGAGUGCGGGGAGGUUGAUCCGGUGUGGGACAAGGCUGAGAAGCGGAGGGUGCGGGCCCGGGGAAAGAAGUUCGAACUACGGGAUGGGGUGCUGUGGAACCUGAAGGCAAAGGGGGAUAAAAAGCCGGUCCCUAGGAAGGAAGAGAGGGAGGAGAUCAUUAGCCUCCUUCAUGGGCUGGGGCACCUUGGGGUCCAACGCACCACCGACCUGGUUCGGAAGCAGUACGACUGGUAUGGCAUGGGGAGUGACGUAUCAGCCUUCGUACGUGGGUGCCCUACCUGCACCUUCCAGAGGGGAUCCUGGACGGCAAAAGGGGAACUGAGGCCGGUCCCGGUAACAAAGCCAUGGGACAGGGUAGUGAUCGACUUCGUCGGCCCACUACCGGUGACGGAAAAAGGAGGGAACCGGUACAUCAUAUCGACCAUGGACCACUUCACCAAGUGGCCUGAGUGCAAGGCGGUGAGGCAUGCGGACUCAGCAACAGCAGCUGCGUUUGUAGCUGAGAAAAUCAUCUCCACGCACGGCUGCCCGCUGGUGAUCCACACGGACAAUGGGCAGCAUUUUCAUGGGGAGUUCGGGGUGCUGUUGGAAAAGUUUGGAAUUUAUCAUGAAUUCUCUCGCCCCAAUCAUCCUCAGAGCUCGGGGCUUAUUGAGAGGUUCCAAAGGACGCUAAAGGGGGCGCUGAUGAGGCUGGGGGAGACCAACCCGUUUGAGUGGGAUGAGAACAUCUGCUGGGUCCUACUGGGGUACCGGGCCUCCAUUCAUUCCUCCACCAAGUUCUCCCCUUUUUUCUUACUCAAUGGCCGCCACCCCAACAUCACGGGUAGCACCUUGACGGAAUGGGAGGUAAAGGAGCUGACCGAGCUAUCCACCGAGGAGGAAGCCGAUGCAGCAGCUGGACUUAUCUAUGAAAGGUCCUCGGAGAUGGAGCUGGCUCUGGCAAAGGCAGCUGAGAACCAUGAUAAGGCACAGGAGAAGCAGAAGGUCGACUUUGACCGGCGUCGAACCCUCCUGGAGCCAAUCAGGGUAGGGGAUUUCAUUCGGAUCAAACCGACCAAGAGGGUGGCUUGGGCGGACCAGGACCGGAAAUACAAGACCCUCUUUAGGGUCAAAGAGGUAGAGGCAUUUCAUGUGACAUUGGAGGCAAAAGGGGGGAUGGUAUGGCGGGAGUCCAGGGAGAACGUGAAGGUGGUGCAGGUCACCUUGUGA